UACGAUUUAACAGCUCCCGAAAUUGUGCAACCUCAGAAUAGUGUUGGUGUGUACUAUCACCUUUCGCCAUUAAAAGUUGAAUCGCUGCCUGUGAGUCCGGUUGCACUCGUACCUGGCGGUAUCCAAACUCCCAAGCAAAUUGUAAUCCUUACCCAACGGUUCUCAAUUCAGCCCUCGUUAUCGAGCAAAACCCCAAUAAGUUAUUUCAUUUGUUAGUGUAGUCUAAUACCAAAACUCCUGUCUCUAUAUAGUCGUCCGACCAAAAUGCAACUUUUCCACAUCAAAUCUUACUCAAGAUAUGGUCUAUAAAUACAAAUACUCCGUAGCACCCAAGCAAAGGCAUUCACACCAAAAGAUGGAAGGCAAUAUUCCCCAAAACGGAUGCAUGGCUGAUCAGGUGGCCGUAGUCAUGGUCCCGCUUCCGGCACAGGGCAAUCUCAACCUCCUCCUCCACCUCUCCCGCCUUGUCGCCUCCUAUGACAUCCCCGUGUAUUACACCGGAGCCGCCACCCACAUCCGCCAGGCCAAGCUUAGAGUCCAGGGAUGGGACCCCAACUAUGUUCCCAAACUCCAUUUCCAUGAAUUCCCCACACCUUCAUUCGACUCCCCGGACCCUGAUCCCACGUUUCGGCCACCGGUGCAGCUACUGCCGUCAUUCCGUGCGGCCUUACUCCUCCGCGAACCCCUCCGUGAUUUCUUGGAAGAACUCUCCAAGAAAACAAGGAGGGUUGUCGUGAUUUAUGAUUAUUGGAUGUCUUGGAAUGUUCAGGAUAUCCCGAGCAUUCCGAAGGCAGAGUCUUAUGCCUUCCGAAGCACUUCUGCUUUCGCCACGUACUCCUUCAACCGGGAGAUGAUGCAGAAUUCACCAUUGCCUCCUGAAGCAGAAAUACUCAAACAUCUUCCCGAUAUUGAGGCAUUUAGUAGUGAGGAAUUUGAUGAACUUGACAAGCUCCAUAUUGAAGCUGAGAAGUUCAAUUCCGGAACCAUUUUCAAUAGUUGCAGGGUGAUUGAAGGAACGUUUCUUGACUUGCUCGCUAAAGUUCCACUGAUGGGGAAGCAAUGGGCCGUUGGACCAUUUAAUCCUAUUGAAAGUUGUGAGACGAAAGAGAGACACAAAUGCCUGGCGUGGCUUGACACGCAAGAGGAAAACUCUGUAAUUUUCAUUUCAUUCGGGUCAACCGUUUCAUUCUCAAAGGAACAGACCGAUCAGAUCGCGUUCGGAUUGGCCCAAAGCGAGCAGAAAUUCAUCUGGGCUCUUAGAGAGGCCGACAAAGGAGACGUCUUCGCCGGAGACGAAAACAGAGUCGAACUGCCGGAAGGAUACGAGGAAGGGAUUGAGGGGAAAGGAAUGGUGGUGAGGGAUUGGGCGCCGCAGCUGGAGAUUCUCUCCCACAGAUCCACCGGCGGGUUCAUGAGCCACUGCGGGUGGAAUUCGUGUGUGGAAGCCGUUUCCAUGGGGGUGCCCAUCGCCGCCUGGCCGGUGCACUCCGACCAGCCCAGGAACGCGACGCUGGUUACCAAAUUGCUUGAGAUUGGCGUGGAGGUAGACGACUGUGCCAACCCAGAAGUGGUGAUUAGCUCUCACAGAAUCGCAGAAGCCGUUGGGAAAUUGGUGCGUUCGAUUGACGGAGAGAAGAUGAGGGAAAGGGCUCGAGAACUGAGCCGCGCGGUCAAGCUUUCGGUGAUGGAAGGAGGCGAUAGUCGUUUACAAAUGGAUUCUUUCAUUGCUCAUAUAACUCGAUAGACAAAUUUGGUUAUCUCACAACAAGAGAAUGUAAAACAUUCACAUCGCUACAUUGGUUCAACCUAUUACACGAGAAAAAAAAAUGUUAUUUUUUUGAAAAUGUUUGAGAUCAAAAUACUGUACAGUAUUGUUUCAAACUAGAUUUUAAAUAAAAAUGCAUUUAUCUUAUUCAACAUAAUAUUG